AUGAAGCCUCAUCGUAUUCGAAUCAUCACAUCCAUUCCAAUCAUGCAAAAGUUGAUCAUCGCUUUCGCCGCCAUCGCCGCCACCCAGGCCUUCCUCUUCCCAUCGGCGGGAGGAGCCGGAGGAUGUGGAUGCGCCCCACCACCACCACCACCACCGCCAUGCGGUUGCGGAGCCGCUGCUCCAGCUCUUCCAGCUCUCCCACCACUCCAGCUCCCACAAAUCCAGCUUCCAUCGCUCGGAGGAGCUAGCCCGUGCUGCGGAGCCGCCGCACCAGCACCAGCACCAGCCGCCGGAGGAUACGCCACCGCUCCAGCUGCGGCAGCCGGAGGAUCCUACGCCGCCGCGCCAGCUGCCCCAGCUGAUGGAGCCUACGCCGCCCCAGCCGGAGGCGCCUCCUACGCCGCCCCAGCCGCGCCAGCCGGUGGAUACGCCACUGGACACAAGUAA